AUGUCAUACAAAAAUUAUGAAAGCGGGCAUAUAUCAAAUAUAGAGGAAAAGGCAGAUGAUCACGAAAAGAAAAUAAAAGAUAAUAUUUUACUAAUUAAAAAAAACAUGAUAUAUGCUGAAGAAAAUUUAGAAAACUUAAAAAAUAAUUUAAUAUCUAAAAGAAUUAUAGAAGCAUUACAUGAAGAAAUACAACAAAUAUAUGUUAAGGUAGUAGAAACAGAAAGUUUAUUUCGAGAAUGGGAAAUCAAAUUUGCAGGGAAUCCAUUUGAGAAACAGAAAAAAAAAUAUAUUUUUGAAAAAUUAAAUAUUCAUUUUAAAAAUGAGGUGAAUAAAUUAGAAAAUAUAUCUGUAAACGUAAAAAAGGCAGCAAAUGAAUUACCCAAUAUAGAAAAUGGUGAAAUGAAUUAUAAUAAUAUAAAUAAUCCUUUAAAAAAAAAAAAAAGUAAUAAAUUUGUUUCAAGCGAUUUUGCUAAUGAUAAUUUUAUUUUAAAUGUUGAUAAAAGUUAUGUUAAUAAUGAUGAUUUCAUUGAAUCAUCUAAUGCAUUUGAUUAUGAAUUAGAUCAAUUUAGUGAAAAUGAUUUUUUAAUUGAAAAUGAGAUAGCUAAAGAACGAUUUGAAGGAAUAAAAAAAAUACAAGGUCAAGUGGCACAAGCACAAGAAGUUUUUAAAGAUUUAGCAAAUCUUGUAUUUACGCAAAAAGAAAAUAUUGAAAUUUUGAAUAAUAAUGUUUAUGAAACUAGUAUAAAUACUUUUAAUAGUGCAAAAGAGUUAAAAAAAACAUAUCAUAAUGUAAAACAACAAAAAUUUUCAUGGUUUUUAGCUGUUGUAACUCUUUUGAUAUUUAUUUAUUUUAUUUAUUUUAAAUUACUUCAUUUUUCCUUUUUUACUUAA